AUGUCUUGCCAGUCCUCUACCCACUCGCAACGAAGGUUGAUCCAUCUAUCCACGUCCCACAUCCGCACGGUCUCGUCCCAGGAUGCAGAUACCACAUGUCUUCCGCCCACACUCAUCCCAACGCUGCGCCCCCUAUCCCUGUGUCCAGUGAACGCGCCCCUCCUUGUCCUCUGUCCACUACGAAUCCGGCGAUCGCGGUGCAGUGUGUGUAUGUCUCGUUACCAGAAGAUGGACCAUCGUUUCAUAAAGCCGGGUGAUGACAUGCAAAACGAGAACCGGACACUUUCAGGCCUCUACUGUCGUCCUGACGUUGAUGUUCCCGCCAAACCUUUCGCACUUUCUUUAUACUCAUUAUGA